UUCAUCAUUCCCUCCUCUCUCUCUCUCUCUCUCUCUCCCCGGUGAUAGCCUCCGCACAGUCCAUUACUCCAGUUCGUGAUGGGAAAAGGAGGGAAGGGUCGAAAAAGUGACAACAAAUACCCUAAGAAAAGAGCCACCGUCUACCACCAUGCCCCCUCCGCCGACGACGUGGACGAUGAAAUCGAUACCUUUCACAAGCAGAGAGAUAUUGUUCCACUGGACAUAAAUGACAAUUCGGGUGAAUCGGACGAAGAUGGCGAACACCCUGUAUUUGAUUUUAAGGAUGCUGAUGAUGACGAUGAAGACGAAUAUGAAAACAUCGAUGAUGAUACUGGCCUUGUUGCAAAAAUUGCAAGGCAACAAAAAUAUUUCCGGGCUAAGGAUGGUGGGGUUGAGGAUGAAAUGCUUGAUGAUGCUGAAGAUGAGGAAGAAAAAAGGUCUACAUGGGGUAGAAGGAAGAACAUAUAUCAUGAUGGAGAUAAUGCCGACUAUGAGCUGCAAUCAAGCGAUGAGCUUCUUGCUGAGGAGGAGGCAGAGGUUUUAAGAUUGCAGAAGGAAAAAGUGAAAUCUUUAUCGAUGGAAGACUUCGGCGUUGAAGAUGUUAGUCAAGAUGAGAGUGAUGGAGGGCCAACAUUGGAGGAAAUUCUGGUUAAAGGGAAAGUGCCAUCAAAAGCUUUAGCAGACAAAGAAGCUCGUGAUGACCCUGGUGCAGCUUAUGAGGAAGUGAAGAAAGACCUGGAUGCUUUGUCAAAAGAAGAGCAAAUGGAUGUUGUAUAUAGUUCUGCUCCAGAAUUAGUUGGUUUGCUGUCCGAGCUGAGUGAUGCCCUUGAUGAGCUUGAAAACAAAGUAAAUCCACUUCUAAGCAAGGUUAAAAAAGGGGGAAACUCAAUGAAAGGAGGCAUGCACUAUAUGGAGGUGAAACAGCUGCUUCUUCUGGCCUAUUGCCAAGCUAUUACCUUUUAUCUUCUUCUCAAGUCUGAAGGGAAUCCAGUCCGUGAUCAUCCAGUCAUUGCUCGCCUUGUAGAGAUUAAGACUUUAUUGGACAAGGUAAAACAACUUGAUGAGAAUCUUCCAUCUGAACUUGAGGAUGUUUUAAGCAAGAAACAGCAGACUGAAAAAGUGGGGAAGUUGCUGGGAGAGGAUGUUGCAUUGGCAUCUGAUUCUUUCAUCAAUGCUCACACGGUUUCAGUUGGAAAACAUGAAGCAACAGUGGUGGUUAGCAACUUGAACUUGCAUCUUCGUGAAGCAGCUCAGGUAGUAAAGGUGGAUUCUUCCAAGGUUGAUGAGAGCAAAGGAAGAAAACGCAAGCAUCUGAACGAUCAAGUUGGUGCACAGAGCAUGGAAAUGUUAAAAGUAAGAGCUGCCCUAGAAGAGAAGUUGAGGCAGAAGGGUAUUUUUGGCUCCAUUGCAUCAAAGCGGGAUAAGGUUCAGAAACGUCGACUGGUGAAUGGACAACUGGAGACGUUAGAUGAUUUUGAUGAUGACACUACAGCUCUGGAAGGAGGAACACCUGGGAUGAGUAAGGGGCAAGCAACUUCACUGCGUUCAAGUAAACUAUCCCAACUUGUAACUCCUCGGGUGAAUAAGCCCAAGGUUGUUUCUGGUGAUGAUGAUUUACCUCAGCGGGAUGACAUUGGAGAAAGGCGAAGGAAACUUGAGCUCCGGGUUCUUGCAGGAGCUGGAAUCAAGUCUGGUGAUGAUGUUGAUGAUGGGCCUGGCAAUCUGGAGAGUGAUGGAGAUACUGACAUGGAGGAGGAGGACGAGGAGGAGGGUGGUGAAUCCGAGUCAGAUGAUGAAUUUUACAAACAAGUUAAACAACAACGGGAUGCAAAGCUUGCUGCCAAAGCAGGGAUGUAUGGAAGAACCUCAGCAGUCCCAUCCAUGCCUGAAGUAACCCUGGUAGAUGGAAAGCGACAGAUCACUUAUCAGAUGGAAAAGAACAGAGGAUUGACUCGUGCCCGCAAGAAGCUGAUCAAGAACCCAAGGAAGAAGUACAAGUUGAAGCACCAGAAGGCAGUGGUUCGUCGGAAAGGGCAGGUGCGGGACAUCAAGAAGCCUAUGGGAUCUUAUGGUGGGGAAGCCUCCGGAAUUAAUGCAGGUAUCAGUAGGAGCAUCAGAUUCAAGAACUAGAAAGUGUUGCCGCAGACACAUACAGGUCAUCCGAUGCAAAGAGUUGCUAAAUAUUUUUCUGAAGUUUUGAUGUUAGUAAAUUAUUCUUUGUAGUAUCAGAGUGGGAAUCCAUGAAAUAGUUUCUUUCAAUGGAUUUUUUUGUUUUUGUUUUUUGCGCUUUGCUACAUAUAAUCACUCCCUCUAGGCUUCAAUCUGGGGGGAAUAUAUAAGCUUGAUACAUAGUUUGGCUGUUCAAUUUCCAUUAACUUUUUGAAUGGUGGAAAACUGGGUGAUGAUAUAUUCAGAACAACACUAUCAUGUAGCUUAGUAUGGAAGACAAUGAAAGUAAUUUGAUUGUGCUGCUUAUGAUUUUCAUCUC